AUGGAGAUGGAUUGGUUCUUCGUCUUGCAGUUUUUCAUGUCGUCUCUCUGCCUCCUUGGGAUCAUCCUGCACCGCUACCGCGCCCUGCAGAAAACCAACAAGACAAAGCAACGACGCCGUCGUCCCUUGGGGCUAACCCAGUGGCCGAUCAUCGGCGUAGUCCCGGCCAUCGUGUCCAACAUCCACCGGAUCUUCGACGGCGUCACCGGCCUGCUGGCCCUCUCCGACCUCAACUACCAGUGCCGCUUCUGGUUUGCCGGCUUCCGCUACUUCAUCACCUGCGACCCGGCCAACGUCCGCCACAUCUUCACCUCCAACUUCGAGAACUACCCCAAGGGCGACGCGUUCGCGCAGAUGUUCGACAUCCUCGGUGGCGGCAUCUUCAACUCCGACGGCGAGCGGUGGCGCCGCCAGCGCACCAAGGCCCAGAUGCUCAUGACCACCCCGCGGUACCGCGCCUUUGUGGAGCGAUCCAGCCUCGAAAAGGCGGAGAAGAGCGUGCUCCCGUUCCUGGCACACGUCGCCGACACCGCCGGCGCCAGCUGCGACCUGCAGGACGUCUUCAUGAGGUGGUCCUUCGACACGACGUCCAACCUGGUCUACGGCGUCGACCCAGGCUGCCUGGCCAUCGGCCUCCCUGUGGUGCCAUUCGCGCGGGCCAUGGACGACGCGCUGCGCACCGUCUUCCUCCGGCACAUCAUCCCGAUGACGUGCUGGAAGGUGAUGCGGUGGCUGGACAUCGGGCACGAGAGGAAGAACGCCGCCGCGCAGCGCACGACCGACAGCUUCGUCGCGGCCACGAUCGCCAGCCGCCGGGCCGCGUACAAGAAGCAAGGCGCCGACAAGUCGGCGGCUGACCUGCUCUCCUCCUUCAUCUGCGACGAGGAGGUAGCGGACGACCCUGACGCCGACGCGUACAUCCGGGACAUGACGCUGAACCUCCUGGUCGCCGGACGCGACGCCACCAGCUCCGCCCUGUCCUGGUUCUUCUACCUCCUCGCCACCAACCCGCGCGUGGAGCAGAAGCUCCUGGAGGAGCUGGCGCCCAUCGCCUCCCGCAAGAAGCCUAUCGCCGGUUCCAUGGUGGCCUUCGAAGCCGGCGAGCUGAAGAACCUGCUGUACCUGCACGCGGCGGUGUGCGAAUGCCUGCGUCUCUACCCGUCGCUGCCGAUGGAGCACAAGGCGGUUGUGGCCCGCGACGUGCUGCCGAGCGGGCACGAGGUGAGGCCCGGAGACAAGAUCCUAGUGUUCAACUACUCCAUGGGGAGGAUGAAGCGGGUGUGGGGCCCCGACUGCCGCGAGUUCAGGCCGGAGCGGUGGAUCUCCGACGACGGGAAGCUGAGGUACGUGCCGUCCAACAAGUUCGUCGCCUUCAACUCCGGGCCAAGGACUUGCCUAGGGAAGGAGAUGGUGCUGGUGCAGAUGAAGGUGACGGUGGCGGCCGUGGCAUGGAACUUCGCCGUGGAGGUGGUGCCGGGCCACGUCGUGGAGCCCAAGCUGUCCAUUCUACUCCACAUGAAAAACGGGCUCCUCGUCAGGGUGAAGAGAAGAUCGGAGGCGAUGAUGAGCAAGCAGCAGUGA